CCUCCAAUGGCGAGUUGUAGAAUAUCCAAGAUCAAUCUGUUUUCUUCUUUAUCUUUCCAGAUUCUUUCUCUGCAUUAUUGAUCCUUCCUCUCCUCUCAACUUCUCAGCCUUCCUUCCUCCUUUGAUUUUGCCGAGACAAACAACAAAAUUUGAUCAAACCAGAAAAAAACAGAGUCCUUACAUAGUAAAUGGCGGCGACGGCUUAUGCUUCUCUAGUGUCGUUGUUGAAUACUAUGGAUCUGAUCCUGAUUCAUCCUCACCUCUCGACUUGUUUCGAAAACUACCAGCUCCAAUCUCUUCGCGAAAUUGUUGAUUUCCUUGUCGAUUUUGUGGAGAAUUAUUCAGAAGCUGAAAAUCUGAUGAGGCGAGUCGCGGAUGCAGCUCAUGAGGCUGAAGACUUAAUCGAAGUCGAAGCUGCUGAUCGAAUUCGUGGUAAAUAUACUACCAAGAGUGUAAAGAUGCAGCUCCGUCGUCUUGAGAAAAUGGUACAAGAGAUGAGCUACAUCAAGGAAAAAGUCAUCAAGUUUAAAGAGGAAACUGGAUUCGUAAGAUCCAUGCGUCGUCCAUCACCACCGCCAUCGUCAUCUUCAGCUCGUUGUGCAGCUAAGAAGACUACCAUGCUGGGGUUCGACCGCUAUGUGGCGCAGCUUCUGGAUGAGCUCAUUGGAUAUGAUUCCCGGAGGAUACUCCCGAUUGUCGGAAUGGGAGGAAUUGGUAAGACCACUCUUGCCAGAAACGUUUAUGAAAAUUCACUUGUGGUGUAUCAUUUUGAUGUUCGUGCUUGGGUCACUGUAUCUCAAGAAUAUAGUGAAAGUGAUAUGCUUUCACAAGCACUUUCUUGCCUUGGGGGGUCAAGUAAUAAAGAUGAUGAUGAAUUAGGUGAAGAGUUACAUCGAACUUUAUAUGGUCGGAGAUAUUUGAUUGUACUGGAUGAUGUGUGGAGUGUCGCGGCUUGGGAAAAGAUAAAGUCUUUCUUCCCAGAAAACGUGACAUUUGCAGAACAAAACUGUCCUCCUCAAUUGGAAGGAAUCGCGGAGAAGAUUGUCCGAAAAUGCAGAGGACUUCCACUUGCGAUCCGAGUGAUAGGAGGGCUUCUUGGAAAAUCACCGAGGACACAAGAGUAUUGGGAGGAAAUCGCGAAAGACAAGAGCUUGGUUCUUGAAUAUUCAAGUGAGGGCAGCAAACCUUCUAGCAUACUUUAUAUGAGUUACAAGCAUUUGCCUGUUUGGUUGAAAUCAUGUUUUCUCUACUUGGGAUUAUUUCCUGAAGACCAUAAGAUAGACGUGUCGCGUCUUAUUAAGUUAUGGGUCGCUGAGGGAUUUAUAAAACGAACUAAAAACCGAAGUUUGGAACAAGUUGCGGAGAGUUACAUAAAGGAACUUGUCGAUAGGAAUCUUCUUUUAGUUGGUGAGUUGACGAAACACAAGAAAGUUCUCUAUUAUUGCCUUCAUGAUCUUGUAAGAGAGCUAUGCAUAAAAACGGCCGAGAACGAAGACUUCUAUUGUUUGCAAAGAGAGAUAGACGAAAAGAAUCAAUUCGGAGCGCCAUUGAAGUCUAGAUUGCUGAGAGUGGUUGUGGAUGAUCGCGAGAGUAGCCUAGAAAAUACGUUCAAACGAGUCAACUUACGUUAUGUAUCUCGCUCUUACAAAAUAAAUAGCAUGUCGAUUCCUUCGUCGAUAUCACUAUGUUGGAGUCUGCAAACGUUGAUUGUGAAAUACUGGUCUCCGGUCGUUGUACCAUUCGAGAUUUGGAAGAUGCCGCAACUUAGGCACAUCGAUAUCGACCCAAUCAUGCGUCUUCCUCAUCCUCCUUCACGCGACAAAGUUGUUUUACACAACUUACAGACACUCAAGACAGUAGACAAUCUCAUUCUCACCGAAGAGGCGUGUGUCCGAAUACCCAACGUUCGAGAAUUGGAUGUUGCAUACCACUCCUUUGAGGAGCAUGCUGAGCUAGGUUGGUCUUUCCAUCUGCAUAACGUCGUCCGCUUAAGCAAGCUUGAAUCGCUAAGCUUACGUGGCACGAGAGAGCAAUGCGUAGGCAAUCUUUUCGGGAGUCUCACGCUGCCUAAUUCCCUCACCGAGCUCACAUUAGACAAUUGCUAUAUCGCAUGGAGCGGUAUGGCAAUGGUUGCCUAUUUGCCUCGUCUUCAACUUCUUCAUUUGAAAGGGCAAGCGAUGUUAGGAUCGGAGUGGAAGUUUGUUAAAGAGGAAUUUCGUGGCUUGAAACAUCUUACCAUUUCUGAUAGUUAUGAGCUGAUUAGUUGGAUUGCAGACAAGUCCAAUUUCCCAGUGUUGGAGACGCUUUAUCUUUUGAAUUUAAAGAAACUUGUUGAGAUUCCUUGGGACAUUGGAGAGAUCCCUACACUUGAAAAAAUAAGUGUUGUUAAUUGUUCGGAAUCAGCGAGGAUGUCAGCAAUAAAGAUUCUAGAGGAGCAAGAGAAUCUCGGAAAUCAAGAUCUUCAAGUUGAAAUUGAUCGGAGGAACCAGAUCCGGGGACUCUACGAGUCCCCGAAUCUCCACUUUGUCUGA